CACCAACAAACACACACAAACAGAGACACCUGUACACACACACAGACAUGUACAUACAUACACACAGAAACGUGUACGCACACAUACAGACACAUGUAUACACACACAGGCAUGUACAGACACGCAUACACACAGAUACAUGUACAUACACAGAAAUACACAUGCACAGACACAUGUACAUACAUACACAGACACAUGUACAUCCAUACACACAUACACACAUACACACAAACACGCAUACACAUGUACAUGCACACACACACAGAUACAUGUACACACACAUACAUGUACAUACACACAGACACAUGUACAAUUGUACAUGCAUACAAACACACACACACACAUGUACACGUACACACACACACACACACACACCCCAUAAAAAGUUGCAGUACUUCGUUGUUCACUUACAGAGCCGGGUACUGCACUCUAGGGGGAGGCAGAGAGCACAGCACACACUCCUUGCUUUGCUUUCACUAUGCUCAGCUAUUGAGCAGUCUGACAGCUCCCAGUGCCAAUGACAGUUCCGGCAUGAGCUCCGAGCCUGCUCAGCAAGACGGCCCUGGGGGACACACUCGCCUCCACCAUAACUUCCACUCGCCAUUGGCGAGCAGGCGAGUGGAAAUUUCAAGC